AUGCAGGACCGUGCCGCACGCGCGGAUCCUCAGGAUACGCACGAUUACGUUCGUGAGCUCUUCGCGAGAUCCCUCGACAAAGGGUGGCCGUGGUGGAAGCUCGAAGUCCGUGGCAACGUCACGAAGAGAAAGCAUCACAACUUCCGACCUCUCACCCGCAAGUUUCUGGUCGGGAAGCCGCAUUUCCAAGCUUCGGGCGUCGCUGGACGCUUCACGCGCGGUUACGUCGCACUGCCUCUUGUCAGCAACGACAAGAUCGCCAAGGACGCCAAGUUCGUCUUUCUGAAGGAUGCGUGGCGUAUUGACGACGCCGACGUCGAGCAGGAGGGGGCAACGCUGGAGUUCCUCAACGAUCACAAGGUGAAGCACGUGCCGACGUUGGUGUGCCACGGCGACCUCGGCCAGUUUACGGAGUCGCAGGAUCACUGGCUGGCGUUUCGCCCUAGGAACACAUUCAACCUGGAGCGACAUUCUCACUACCGGCUGGUCAUGAAGGAGGUCGGGCUCCCUCUCGAAGAAUUUUCAGGACAACUCCUUCAAUCUGUGCUGUUAUUUGGCGUGUUGUCUCCUAGAGCCUUCGAGGCUGGUAUCAUACAUCGUGACGUCAGUGCAGGCAACAUAUUGAUAUACAAGGAUGAUGACGGCAAGUGGCACGGACUACUCAACGACUGGGAGCUGUCAAAGAGGAUCGACGACGAUCGCCAAACAGAUUGCGUCGGCACCUGGCAAUACAUGUUUGCGCGUGCCCUCACCAAUCCAAAUCGUAGGAUCGUAAUUCAAGAUGAACUCGAGUCUUUCUUCCACGUCCUGCUCUACUUCGCCGUCCGCUUCCUCCCUCAU